UUCAAAUAAGAUCAAUGUACGAUCAGUUUCUCCAUUUAAUCCUCUGUUCGACCCGUCCUUACGGUCAAGUUUCAAAGUUAGAAUCCGAUCGGGCUUCAUUCUUCUCCGAGUUUCCUCAGACGUCUGUUUCUCUGUAGCAAUAGAAUCGAAUCAGGAUGCCGGCCACAGCAGGAAGGGUUCGCAUGCCGGCGAACAACCGGGUGCACAGUAGCGCUGCCCUCCAGACUCACGGUAUAUGGCAGAGCGCUAUUGGGUACGAUCCUUAUGCACCCACGGCUAAAGACGAUGGUAAGAAAGCUUCGACGACCAGCAAAGUUUCCGAUUCUGCUGAACCCGAGCCUGAAAAUGCCUAUGCUAGCUUCCAGGGUUUGCUGGCUUUAGCCCGGAUUACGAAUUCGAAUUCGGAUGAGGCUCGUGGGUCGUGUAAAAAGUGCGGGAGAGUUGGGCACUUGACUUUUCAGUGUAGAAAUUUUUUGAGCGUCAGGGAGGAUGUGAAUAGAGGGGGGAAUGUUGACGAUGAUGUGAUCAGGGAGGUGGUUUUGGAGAAAUUGAAGGGGGAGAAGGUUAAGGGGCUUGUGAAAAAGGUAGGGUUGGAGAGUGGGGAGAGUAGUGAAGACGAGGAGGAGGAGGAGGAUAGCGAGAGUUCGGAUUCAGAUUAUGAUUCUGAGAUGGAGAGGAUUAUUGCGGAGAAGUAUGAAAAGAAGGUCAAUGGGAAAGCAAAGGUAGGCUCCAGGAGGAAGGCUGAAGAGGAUGAUGAUGAUGAUGAGGAUGAGGAAGAUAGGAGGGGAAGGUCAAGGAAAAGGAGGAACAGGAAGAGGGAGAAUAAUGAUUCAGAGGAUGAGGAGAGGAGGAGGAGGAAGAGGAAGAAGGAGAGGAGGAACAGGGAUGAUGACGAGUCUUCUGAUGAGGAGGACGAGUCGAAGAGGAGGAAGAAGAGGAAAAGUAGGAAGGAAAGGAGGAGAAGGAGGAGUCACAGGCAUUCGUCUGAUUACUCUGAUGCUUCUCCUGAGGAUUCUGGUGAUAGGCGACGCAAGCGGAGAAGCAGGAGGACAGCUUCAACAUCUGAUUCUGAUGAUACUGGUUCUGAUGAUCCUCGGGUUGGCAGAGAUAAAAGGAGGUCUGAGAAGAAGAGCAGGAAGAGUCGCCAUGGAGACUAGUUCUAGUUGGUUUUUGGGAGGUGAUACGUCACUUAACCAUGUAGUUUCUAGUCCUGAUGAUGAAUGCAAUGACUGGUAUUUGGGGUUCCUUUAUGCUAUCACUUCUUGAUGUCUUUAUUUGGGUAAUAAUUAGGUUUGAAGACCUGCUAAGAAUAUAUUAGCAGAAUAUUUCUGUGUGAAGAGCUUGUGUUUGUGGCAUGAUGUUAUAAUUCGCUUAAUGUACCUCUGAUUGCUUGCUUGUUCCUAUAUGAUGACAAUUCAGAAAAAUUUGUGCAGCACAUUUUUAUUAUUUAUAGUUGCUAACUUUUUAUUACCA